GACGAAUUUUAAUUUUUCCCCUCUUUCAAUUCUUUCUAGUAUCUCUCUCUCUCUCUCUCUAUAUACAUAUAUCUUUUCUAGUGUCUUCAUAAUCCAAGCCAAUACUGUAACUGCCCCGUCGCAACCGCCACCACGAGAGGCAGCGGAACCCUAACCCCAAACCAUAAGUUUACUUUAUCUUGACAGAGAAGCUCUAGUUACUAAAUUUCUUUCAAUCUCACCUUCUGUCCAAAACCUUAAUCCUAAUCCGCCAUGCUUUUGUCUCCAGGACACUCACCACGGCAGCUCUCAUCCCCAUCUCCGUCUCAUAAUCCCGAAAAUUCUCUCCAAACCUCUAAUAAAUCCUCGAUCACUACACCUGCAAACCCAAGAAAACAUACUAAAGUCCUUGAUGAGGACACAUACGUUGAAGCUAUCGAGAAAAUCAUCGAAAGAGACUUCUUUCCCGAUAUCUCCAAACUCCGUGACCGUCUCGAUUGGCUUGAAGCAGUAAAAUCCGGCGAUCCGGUUCUGAUACGAGAUGCCCAAUUGAAGAUCAUCGAGCGGCGUGGCAAAAGAGUAAAUAUUUCCAACGCGGAUGGCAGUACUCAAACCAGAAACCGAACGCAAACCCCAGGUUCUACUUUUAUGGGUAAUUUCACUCCUUUUGAUGAAUUUGAUAAUAAAACACCUAGCGCUGUAAAUAGGGAAUUUUUUGGUGAUGCUGAGUCUAGGGAGAAUGAUAGUGCUAUUGAUGAUUCGUUGAGUUUAGAUGAGUUCUUUAGGAGGUAUACGAGCGAGGAUAAUGAGAGUUUUUCAAAGAUACUGGAGAAAGUGAAUAGGAAGAGAAAGGAGAGAUAUGGGCAUUUGUUAGAAGGUGAAAAGGAGGAUGUUAAACUGAUUGGGGAUGUGAAAAGGGAUAGGAUUACAGAUGGUUAUGGGACAUCUUAUCAGCCACCGAGCACACUGGAGGGGUGGAAUUACACUGCUAAGAACUUGUUAAUGUACCAUCCUGCGGAUAGGGGUGAGGCUCCUUUGACCGAAGAGGAACGGGCUGUUAGAUUGAAGGGUUUAACGAAAGAAAUUAAUAGGUCAAACACACGGUUUCAUGGUAAAAUAUUGGACUCUAGGCCUACAGAUGAUGGUGCCGUUGAAGUGCUUUACACUCCAGUAGUAGGGGCUACCCCCCUUCCUGUAUCUGACAGAGAUGGGGAUAGAGCAAAGAAGUAUGAUUUGGAGGAUUUGAGGAAGACACCAAACAGGUUUUAUGUGGAAUCAGGGAAGAAAGCAGAAAAUGGAUAUAGUUUUGUUAGGACUCCUUCACCGGCUCCAGGAGUUGAUGAAUCACCAUUUAUUACAUGGGGUGAGAUUGAGGGGACACCAUUGAGAUUGGAGCCUGAAGACACACCGAUUGAUAUUGGUGGUAAUGGCGAUGGGCCUCAUUUUAAAAUGCCAAAUCCACCUGCAAGGGAUGUGAAGGCUCAUUCUUUAUCCAGGGAGGCUGCACGAAAGAUUAGGGAGAGAUCAAAGAUGUUUCAAAAGCCACCAUUGCCUUCUCCCGGAAGGGGGGGGAGUGCGAGUCCAAGUGUGCGCACACUUUCACCUGCUGCACAGAAGUUUAUGAGGAAUGCAAUUUCUAAGUCUUCAUCUUCUGUCGAUGAAUCUCUUCGUGCUAGUUAUAGAGGUGCAAGCCCCGGUGUUGCUACUCCAAAGAGCAUAAGGAGUGUCUCAAGGUUUGAAAGAGAUGGAACCAUGAGUUCCAGGUCACCGUCUGUAAGAGAGGAUUAAUCCCCUAGUAAAAAAAUGUACUUUUCAUGCCAAUGUUAGCAAUUGGUGGUUUUAGUAGUAUAUGUUUACGAUCAACUAAUAGUUUCUUUCAAGGAUGCAUGUAUGAUUUCACUGUUCCCCUUUUGUAUUGUUUAUAUGAUGGGCAAGCCUAUUCCAAAUAUUGGAUCAUAAAGAGUUGCUAAUGUUUAAGAGGAGCAUCCGAUUGAUGCUUAAUAUUUUCAUCUCUCACUCUUCUACUUUGUAA